CAGCCAACAUGAAGUUGUUCACAGCCCUACCCACCAGCCUGACUGGGGACAGACUGGAGAAGUUCAUCAACGCUCGCGACUUUCUGGCAGCAGUUGCUGCACCAUGUUUGUCAGCUGCAGCAGCAACAACUACAUGCACCUGCAACUUCACAAUUGCACAGGCAUGUGCAGAGGAUGCACUGCAGCUCCUGGAUAACAGCACGUCACCAUGCAGUGAAAUUCAAGCCGCUGUUACCUGUCUGCGCACAAACUCAAACUGUACUGGAACCGAACAAGUUUUUGUUGACGCAGCACUCACAAAAGUGACAGACAAGUUGAACAUCAGCAGAUGCUACAACCUGGACCCUGGCAGUGACAUCUGCCUGGGUUCUGCAUCGUGUGCUACCGACAUCAGAGACGUGUGCACAGAUCCAAUUUGCUCGGAUUCUUUCUUGAGAUGUGUGGAAUCUCAAACUGGUUGUGGAUCGUACCAAAGGCUGUUCAACGCCUUACAGCUCCGGUCCCUGAGGUGUUCCACUAACCUGACCGACACUCUAGCCAUCUACAGAGGAAGCAGCUACCAACACACUGACCUCGAGACUUGUCUCUCCGCCGUCGAAAAGUCAAGGAGAACAAACAUGGAUGACUUGUGCAAUGACAUCACUGACCUCAAGGCAUGUCUUGAUGGCAGUGACCUUGACCCUGCAUCCCAUUUCCUUGUGGAGGCCAUGAAGGCGACAAGUCAGUCAUUCAUCGAUAGCGUGUGCUCGGCAGAUAAUAGACCAAAUGUCAGUGACUGUUCUCCCAGUGAUAAUCAUGCUGGCUGCAUCCAGGAUAUUUUAACCAGAAUGCUUGUGGUAGACUGGCCAGGUACUGGGAACACCAUAUGUUCGGAGAAGAGAGGGUUUGACGAUGCUUCUAUCUGUCUUGCUGGCGUCUCCUGUGGCGAUGAAGACAACAACCGGAGACUUGCCUCAGUUCGAUCAUCGUUGCAUCAGACUUACCGGAAUGUAUGUAGCAUAGCCACAACCGAGCAAGUCAACAAGGGCUGCAAUGUCGCCAGGGCAACAGAGUGCAUCAGCACACUGGCCACCAGAAUUUAUGGAGGAGAUGAUCAUGUUUGUGGUGCGGUGAGUUCAGCGAGGGACUGCGUCAGGACCCAAGCAUCGCAGUGUCCAGAAGCCAUCAAGAUGAAGCUCCACACAGUGUUGAUGAAGUUGACCAAGUUGACUGCUAAGGACUGUUGUUUGAAGGGUCAGUCGAAGACCUGUGACCCUGCCGGCGCUGUCACAUGCAUCAUGGACAUUCAUCACUGGGCCAAGAUGCCGGCGCCAGACUGGGAGGGAAUCUGCGAGAAAGUGGACUCGUCCCUGGAGUGUAUGAGGGGCUUCACGGACACAUGUGAGCAGUGUGAGAAGGACACGGUCCAUUACAUCGUGGAGCGACUGAACCGGGACAUCGUGGACACCUGCAGGCGGCCUCCAGAGGGCAAGUGUAAGGUGACCAAGGCCCUCACCUGUGUCGAGACUCUCAAGACCUUCGCCGCACUCCAAGACUCUUCUGAAAACUGGGACUUCACCUGUCUGAAGGUUCAACAGGCUGAGACCUGCAUCUCGGAAUAUAUGGAGGAGUGUGUGAGCGAUGUCAAGUUCACCGUGGACUACGAGCUGAGCAAGGUGGUGCGACUCAUGGAGGCCGAGAGUUGUAGGAAGGUGGACACCACUCAGAACUGUGUCGACAUCUUCCGCCAACGCAUCCAGGAUAUCAUCAACUACGACCCCAGGAAUGCCAGCAACACCAGAUGUCUCAUCCCCGGCAUGAAGGCUCAUGGCGACAUGGAGCUGGAAGAGUGCCGACCCAGCAUCAUGUGUGCCAGCGGGUCUGUAGCCCGACCCCAAGCAGCUCUUGUGGAGGAGGACACGGUCUUCGGCUUCACCAACUGGACCUGUGUCCCCAAGUGCAGUGAUGGCGCCACGCUCAAGCUGGUGGGAGGAAAGAAGGGAUCUAGCGGAUCAAGCCAGAAAGACAGCAAGAAGUCUUGGCAGUGUGUUGAUGACAAGGACAGCAAGGAAAGCGGAAAGAAUAGCAAGGAAAGUGGAAAGAAUAGCAAGGAAAGCGGAAAGAAUAGCAAGGAAAGUGGGAAGAAUAGCAAGGAAAGCGGAAAGAAUAGCAAGGAAAGCGGAAAGAAUAGCAAGGAAAGUGGACAGAAUAGCAAGGAAAGCGGAAAGAAUAGCAAGGAAAGUGGACAGAAUAGCAAGGAAAGCGGAAAGAAUAGCAAGGAAAGCGGAAAGAACAGCAAGGAAAGUGGAAAUAAUAGCAAGGAAAGCGGAAAGAAUAGCAAGGAAAGUGGGAAGAAUAGCAAGGAAAGCGGAAAGAAUAGCAAGGAAAGCGGAAAGAAUAGCAAGGAAAGUGGGAAGAAUAGCAAGGAAAGCGGAAAGAACAGCAAGGAAAGUGGAAAGAAUAGCAAGGAAAGCGGAAAGAAUAGCAAGGAAACCGGAAAGAAUAGCAAGGAAAGUGGGAAGAAUAGCAAGGAAAGUGGGAAGAAGAGCCAGAGUAUGAAGAAGGUACUCUACAAGACCCGCCUGGAGAAGCUCUGUGCAGAGGCGCGUGUGGCCUGGAGCUGUGUGGAGCAUGAGCUGAAGGACAAGGCAGACAGCAGGUCCACCAUCUUGUUCCAGACAGUGUCAGGGUUAUGGGAGAUUGCUCUGAAGAUGUGUGAUGAGCCAAAGGCCGCUGCCCGGUGCUACACUUGUGACAACGCUCUCACCAACGAUGCAUGUAACCUGAACAUGGAAGAGUGUAACUCCACACAGUCUGUGUGCAUGACACGAGUUAAACACGACGAGUCUAGAACAAUCACAUCCUUGUCCAAGGGGUGCAUGGCGGAAGACAGAUGCAAGCCUGGUUGCGUUGAUGGCAUCUGCACCUACUGCUGCAGCGGGCAGCUGUGCAACGCCCGGGCCGAGGGGCCCAUCAGUCCCGUCUGUUCCGUGAGCUAUGCCGCCAAGUGCGCCUUCAGACUCGCCACCAGCCUCUCCGCCAACAAGGAGAUUCAGUGCAGUGUGUUUGAGGCUGAGCUAAAAUGCAUGAAGGAAGUCCGGCAGCAGUGUGUCUCGGACACCCAGAGCAAACUGUUCCAGCUGACUGAGGUUCUGUACCAGUCUGUCUCCUUCAAGAAGUGCCAGGUGCUACUAGCGCCACCUACCUGCAGCAUACACAGUGUUGUCUCCCUUGGGCUGCUACUCUCAGCCCCAGAGGCGAGGAAGGAGGAUGUUUGCAGAAACUUUGAUGCAACCAUGUUGGCUGUGACACAUGCUAAGAAAACCUCGGGAUGCUCCGCAGACGCCAUUGAGCGAGUCGAUGGAUCCAUGACCUUGAUCCGGACACAGCUCCGUGGUUACGGUUGUCAAGGAGUUGAUGGAUACCAUCUCAACUGUGACAAAGAGAAAGAGUGCAGUAUUAAGAAGGCCACUGAGUGCUUCAAGGGCGUUGGCCCUCUAGUGGCCACACAGAAAUGGACCGAUAAGAAGGAGGUCUGCAGGAAGUAUCUGGAGAUCCGGUCAUGUCUGGAGAACAGUCGUGAUGGAUGCACAGAGAGGGUGCCGAUGACCCUCGCCAACAAUCUUUGGAAACAGUUUGAGUCCGCUACUGAGAUUGUUGCUGACCGAUGUGAAGCAGAGGUCAAGGCUGCAUCGUGUGACCCUGACGAUCACGAGGUCAAGUGCAGACCAAUGGCUGCUCUCACCAAGUGCUUCAAUAACUUCCGUAUACGCAGUGUGUUCUCAGAAUGCCAGAACCUGAAGCUGGCCCACACCUGUAUCAUGAGGGAGACUGCCAACUGUCUGCCCAUCCAGAGGAAGCUGGCCAUGACGCUGCUGUAUCUCCAACCCGACAUGCCUGCUGUCAUGGCGCGCUGCGGCAAAAUGCCUGACACUGACGACAAGAUCACUCCCUACACACAGGUUAUGUCCUGUAUGGGCGAGUUUGCCAUGAGUCUGAAGACAGUGCUGAUGUCUCCGAGUGAAUCUCUGUCCGCUGUGUGCACCAAGACUAUCGAUGUGGUCCAGAGAUGUGUGUCUCGCCUGAACCUGGACAGGCAGGCCAGGUUGUCUCCCCUUGAGAAACUCUACCUCAGGAAUACACUCAUGACCUUGCAAUAUUUCGAGGACGCGGUUUGUGAGGAUGUGGAACCCAAGUCAGCCCUGAAUGUUUCUGACAUAUGUCUAAGUGGUUAUGAGAGAGCCUCCACAUGUCUGUCAGUUCAGACCAUCGGCCUGAUGACCCGUCCAUUCCUGCCGGCUACUGAUGUUGCCUCCUUCUGUGGCCACUUCUAUGAGAUCGAGACGUGCGUGGAGACGAGCCUGGAGUCGUGUGCAACAGAGGAGAGAGGGGCUGUCGGACAGUACCUUGAGGUCGUACGCGAGAAGUCUAUCAGCGUUUGCAUGUCUCAGAUCCGAACUCGACCAAAGUGUUCCCUGCGGGUAGCUGGUGCUUGUCUGUCGAGUCUGUCGGCCUACAUGGAGAGUGGGAACAUCACGCUGUCCGAUCAGUGCAUGAUGGUUGAGACUGUCCUUGCUUGUGUGAAGAGCCACAUGUUCGGAUGUGAGGAAAACACGACACAACACAUUAAACAUUCACUGAAAAUUGUCAUUGCCAAAUAUGGAAGCGCAUGCCCUGCCCAAGUGAGACCACUGAUCUGCCACGAUGCCGAAAACUCCACCUGUGGGCUGACGGAUGCAGCUGCCAUGGCAACCUGUAUUGCCCCCUUGGCCUCCCUAGCAGUACAGUCCAACCAGUACUAUGAGAUACAGUCGUGUUGGGCACUGGACCAGGUCUACAGAUGUGUGAGGAAGCUGUCAGGGGACUGCUCGGACACAGAGUUGACCACAGCAUGGUCUACCAUCCAGAGUUCAGUGGCUGCCCUCAGUAGCAUCAAUCUACCAUGUGCAGCUGACCGAACAGUGGACAGCAUCAGGUCAACCUGUCCGAUACGGGCACCCACGUGCUCCAUCAUGGCUGCCAUGUCUUGUCUCCGGGAUGCCAGGGAGAAGUACACAGGUUCUGAUAUCACAAGCAUCGCCCGGGACAGCUCUUCCUGCGUGUGGGGCAACGUCACCGGCUGCAACACUCUCCAGCGAACUAUCUUCAGCCUCUCCAUCACAAACAUCUUCCAGACAAGUCUGUCGCUCACCCUCCAAGACACCACAAGGAUGCCCUUCUAUGACCUCAUCAUCAACUUUAACUCCAAGGUCACUCUGGCCCUCACCAAUCCCACCUACAAUCAUCUGGAUCUGUGUUUCGCUGCCAAGGCAACGGCGUCCGAGUUCGAGCGGGUGUUUGUGACGGCUGGAGUUGAUGGUCUCGGGUUUGAGAAAGUGCUGGUUCAGCGAGGAAGGAAUAUGUUGAAAAAGUUCACGAGCCUUGCUUGUAAUGACUUUGACAUCAUUGAUAAGGUCCUGACAUACGAGGAAACAUCCUAUGAGUGCAAGAAGUACAUCUACCACUACAGCUCCAUCCUGGUACAGAGCAUCUUCAGUGGAUUCCUGUCCAUGGACGAUACGACUGCCCUCUGCAGAGCUGCCUCCAUGAUGGAAAGGGCCAACCACACCUUGGUGAUGGCGUCCUGCUCAGCAGGUUUCCGACAACAGAUGCAGUUUGCCAGCCGCCUCCUCACAUCCACCGUCUCGGGGGUGUGCAAGAAGCCCAGGGUCUGCAACCUCAUGCGUGCUCGUCACUGCGUCUCAAAGCUCAGCAUCACUGUGUCCCACUAUGGCCUCAACACCACCCAGGAAGAUGUCUGCAUCGCCCUGCGUUCCACGGACAAGUGCAUCGAGUACAACACCUUCCGCUGCAUGGACGUCAUGGAGGACUCCUUCAAGGCACGCUACACUCUGGAGCGGAGUGUCGCUCUGGACAUCUGUGGGGGAGUGGACGAGAGUGCAUUCAUACCUCGAUGCAAGGUGAAGAGCAUGGAGUACGCUGAUAAAUGUUCCCCGAGAAAAGCGGAGAGAUGUCUCAGGAAGUUUGUACGAAACGUUGUCACCUGGCCAAUACUGAGACGAGGAAGACAAUGCUCGGAGUUCACCCAAGCCCGACACUGCCUCCUGAAAACUGCCCAGAGCUGUGUGGAGCGAGGAGACCAACUCUCCUUCAACGGCUACCUCAACAAGAUGACAGCAUUCUUUGGUGAACGUACCUGCAAUGUUGCUGAGUACGAACAAGAGUGUUUUGAAGGUUGUGAGGUACAGGAGGCAGAGGAGUGCAUCUCAAACCUGCACGUGCAGUUGAAGUCUGCGAACAUGCUCGAUGGAUCUGCAGCUUGUGUGGCCAUCUCUGAUGCCAGGAUGUGCCUAACAUCCAAGAUGUCGCGGUGCCCAAAGUCACUGCAACUCCGUCUGCAAGGGAAACUGGACACCGUCCUUCGUGUCGCCAACCUCCACAAUGUGGACUGCAUCAACGUGUAUAGAUGUAUAUCUGACUUUGAGGGCUUGGCAGCAAAGAUUUUUGGAUUUUCCAAAAAUGAACCAGAACAUGACAGCAAAGAAGGUGGAAAAUCAAGUAAAGAAUCUGGACCAUCUAGCAAGGAAAGCGGAAAGAACAGCAAGGAAAGCGGGAAAAAUAGCAAGGAAAGCGGAAAAAAUAGCAAGGAAAGUGGGAAAAAUAGCAAGGAAAGCGGGAAAAAUAGCAAGGAAAGCGGAAAGAAUAGCAAGGAAAGCGGGAAGAAUAGCAAGGAAAGUGGAAAGGAAAGUGGAAAGAAUAGCAAGGAAAGCGGAAAGAAUAGCAAGGAAAGUGGAAAGGAAAGUGGAAAGAAUAGCAAGGAAAGCGGACAGAAUAGCAAGGAAAGCGGAAAGAAUAGCAAGGAAAGUGGAAAGAAUAGCAAGGAAAGCGGAAAGAAUAGCAAGGAAAGUGGAAAUAAUAGCAAGGAAAGCGGAAAGAAUAGCAAGGAAAGUGGAAAGAAUAGCAAGGAAAGUGGACAGAAUAGCAAGGAAAGCGGAAAGAAUAGCAAGGAAAGCGGAAAGAAUAGCAAGGAAAGUGGAAAGAAUAGCAAGGAAAGUGGACAGAAUAGCAAGGAAAGCGGAAAGAAUAGCAAGGAAAGCGGAAAGAAUAGCAAGGAAAGUGGAAAGAAUAGCAAGGAAAGCGGAAAGAAUAGCAAGGAAACCGGAAAGUCAAGCAAAGAAGCUGGAAAAGGCAGUCAUGAACAUAGCAAACCGGACAUUGACCUUGACCUUUCAUCUUUGUGCCUGAAAGCUCGUGAAGCAUGGGAAUGUGUGAAGACAGGCCUACAUCUGGUACCCAGCAAACACCGCCAUCUUUUCAAGACCACACUGCAGGGGAUAUGGAACAUUGUUGAACACCGCUGUGCCAAUACAGUCCGACAGAGUUGCUACAGCUGCGAUGGAGCACUGACUGAUGAGGAAUGUAACACCAAAACCAUGCGAUGUGGCCACCAGGAACAGAUGUGUGAGAGUAUCUUGAAGCGGGAUUCUGACAACAAACUCCGCUUCUACAAGUCCUGUGUGCGGCCAUCUUUCUGUACAAUGACGUGUAAAGGCAAGGGAGACGACUGUCGCAGCUUCUGCUGUGUCGGGGACCUCUGCAACAAAAAGUACAACGUUGAGAGUCCCGUCGAGCCACUGACGUGCCGUGUCGAUAGAUCUGUGUCAUGUGCCCUCAGCCUCGUCAGGAACAUCGUCAACUAUGGGGAAGUCAAGUGCAGUUCAAGUCGACGUGACCUUGAGUGUAUGGGGAAGAACACCCGCGAGUGUCGCACACCAACGUUCGUGAGCCUCAGUACAACGGCGUUCUCUGUCUUGUCCUCGAUCGCCGAGUCGACCUGCCUGGUCGAGGUCACAUCCUCGUCAUGUGGCUCAAAGGCCAUUCUGUCCACAUACGCCAUCUUGAAGUCUGGGUUUGCAACGCUCGAUAAUAAGAUCUGCAGGGGUGUGAAUGAAACAAUCCAGAGUCUUCAAAGAAUUGAGGACAAGGGAGUGUGCACUUUGUCCGAGCUAAUCCCAGUACGACAGUCGCUCAACCUCAUCAAACACCAGACUGCUGGAUUCUGUGGAAGGGCACCCACAUCUGUCACAUCGUGUCAGCGAACCUCGAGGGAAGUCUCCGGAUCAAGAACCGGGAAAUGUGGUGGCCAGUUUUUGAGCACUGCCUAUUGUGUUGCCCAGGCCAUCAGGAAGUUCAACAGUGAUGGGGCCACAUUCUGUAGCGCCUUCCGGUCAACAGCCUCGUGUCUGGACCCGCUGAAGCACUGUGCUGUCCCAGCCAGCCUCCGCACCAUGAACAACACCCUCUCCAGCCUUGUGAAGGCCAUCUGUACAUCUCCCGCUGGGACCUCGGACACCGCCUGCCCAGCGGAAGUGUGUCACCUGGCAGCUGCCCGUGCCUGCUAUGCAACGACCGUUGUGACUAAUGUCACGUCUGGUGGAUCUAUCUGCGAGAACCUCCGAGUCAGCCGUGGAUGUGUCUCGUCCCAAACCUCUGGCUGCUUCUCCAUCCAGGAGGUGACUGUUGUUCAGGAUUACAAGGCCACGGUGACUCGACUUGGGGCAGGAUGCCAGCUGGAGGAGCUGACCGUGAAGCAGGAUAUCUUCACUGACCUCUCCACCUGCCUUGUGACAUACUCUAACGAUCUGACGGCAGCGUUCACGAGCUCGGACAUGUUAGGGGAGAUGUGUGCUGCCCAUGCCGCCUCCAAGACAUGCACCAACAGCACCUCCCUGCCUCUCCUCUCCUCCAACUUCACCAAGUCCGCUGUGAAGACAUUCAACAUGGGAUUCGGGGCGUACCUGGAAGACAAGUGCCGUUCUGAUAGCAGUCAACCAGCUGCCCGAAGACGGCGACAAACUAAUCCCCCUAAUGCCUGCAACCUGCAACUCGCACAAGAGUGUGCAAAUUCUUAUCUCCUGGCGUCCUGGACUCUCCCGACCACCGAACUGUCUGACAGAUCAGGAACUUGUAGGGAAUUGGAGGCCAAGUAUCAAUGUGUGACCGAAAAUGUAGACAACUGUGCGUCUAAGGCCAUAAUCCUGAGCAUGAUGUCCAGCGCCAAAUCCACAUUUGACGAGUUCUGUUACUCCCGCCAAUACAAGGAGGAUGGCUGUGACAAUGAAAUGGUGACCAUGUCCCUGGAGGGAAUGAAUCAACUGACCACUUCCGCCCUCGUUUCCACGGAAGACGUGUGCAGUAAUACCAAGAAUGCUCUAGGCUGGCUGAAGAAGUUCUCUAGCGGAUGCCCAGAUGCCACCAUUCUUCCCAGCUACACAGCCUACUUCGGGGGUAUUGUCGGCAACAGCUGCCCCCGCCUCACCGUGGAGCUCUUCUGUGGUGACUCCGCGCCCAUAAACAGGUCAUGUGACUUCAAGCGGGCAGAGACCUGUGUCAGCAACAUUGACUUGUCCAUAGAUGCUGAAGCUGAUACCGAAAAUUUCUGCAGUGGCCUGCUGCAAAACGUGACCUGCACACGGAACAAUCUGGAUGGAUGCUUGUCGUCACAGAUUGCUAAGGUUUCUGUUGAAGCUGCAGUUAAUCGUGACACCAUUUUAGCCAAGUCAUGUAACAUCGAUGCGGACUUGCUAGAAUUUGGUGACGUGUGUACUGCUCGACCUGUGUGUUCCCUCUCCGGCGCCUACCGAUGUCUGGAAGAUCUUCUCAUACAGAACUAUGACUCCAACGAUUGCACCAUCCGGACAGCAAAGAAGAACUGCAUGGCAACACACCUCCAGGGAUGCAACCACAUCCAGAUUUCCCUGGCAACGGCUCUGUAUGAGGUCCUGCUGCCAACCACAUCCACCUGCACUGCUGUCGUCCUGGCAACCAGCCCCUUCAGCACCUCCCUCAGCACAUCUCAGCAGCAAGAGGUUACAUGUAUGACAGACAUGCUGACCUCCCUCGACAAGUUCACCAGUGCGUCGACACUAGCACCGCGGCACCACCUAUGCCAAAUCUUCAGGACAUAUUCUCUUUGUCGUGUUGGAGGAAAAGAUCUUACAAUUGAUGUUGUGGAGGAGUUUAUUUCAGCCAACUGUUCUGAUGUUGUGGCUUGUGCAGCUGCAGAAAGUUACUGCAGCAAUGGCAGCUGCUUCUCCACCACCGCCACAUGUGACGGCACCUCUGACUGCGCUGACAGGUCGGAUGAGGAGGACUGUGGUGUGGCAAUAGAUUCAGCCUGUCAGAUCCGAGAAGCCUCGUUCUGUGUGAUGAAACAACUCAGCUCGGCCAUCAUGGGCAAAUUCCUGCCUGUGGAGGACAAGAAGGACAUGUGCGGCCAACGUGUAAAGGCCUCCCAGUGCAUUCAGGCAAGGACCAACACGUGCCCCAGCAUGGUGAAGGCAGUGUUUGAGCAGACGCUGGCGGUAUCGGAAGCCCUGAUCGUAUCCCAGGGUUCAUGUGACAAGCCCAAGAUGUGUAUUGAAGAGCACACAUUCACCUGUAUCAACAAGCUGGCCGUGGUUGUAGCUCAGACUGACAUCACCACGGGAACAAAGGAUAUCCUCUGCAAACAAUUCCUGGAGACCAAGUCGUGUGUGGAACAGUUCAGCGCCACCUGUACAGGCGGAGCGUUGAGCCGGAUCACCAGUCAGUACAACUCGAUCCUCGCCCUGGUCGACGGGAAGUGUGAUGACUACACAGAGCCCACUGAUGAACCAGAGACGCUGUGCCCCGACAUCGCCCCAGCAGACAGGAAGUGCGAGGUCUUCACCGCCUUCAACUGCCUCCUCGGGUCCUACACCAACCUCAUCAACUACAACCCCCGCAACAACCUUGAGAACAGCAAGUCAUGCUUUGCUCUGCAGUCCACGAUCCGCUGCGUGGCGGCCAACAUCUCUGGCUGCAAGGAGGAAGAUGCUGCAGAGAUCGUCAAAAGUCUCAACAACCUUCGUGACGGCGCCAAGGAGCGCUGUAUGCUGUACGACACCAGCCUUUGUGGUAACCCCCAGCCUUGCCCAGUAGGUGGCGCUGGUUGUGUCAAGACAUUCAAGCAGGAGUUAUCCUCCCACCCAGAGAAGGAUGUCUGCGAACUUAUCACCACUGCACGCACAUGCAUCUCCGACAACACCGUCGACUGCUCACCACAGUCGUGGGCCAUCGCCGACUACAACCUGAAGAACGCCAUCAAGGAGAUGAAGACCCAGGUCCGCUGUGACAGCAACAGCGCCGACUCCUGCAUCCUCACCUUCCAGACGCAGGCGCACAGGAUCCUCACCCGCCAUGAGACGACGGCUCCGACUAUGUCCCUGGCAGACCAGUGCAGUGCAGUGGAGAUCACACGGAUGUGUAUCAAUGAUAAACUGGUGUCGACACCAAUGGGAGGCGGCAUGGACGCUAUCGUCAACAGGCUGUGGAGACAUCUGAAUGCCAGUGUUGUAGCAGUGUGUGAAGGCGCCAUCCCCACAUGUCCCCUGGGAGAUCGGGUGGGCAUCCUCCUGAAUCUGCUGGUGAAGCUCGUCACAACCCCCGCCUACACACAGCAAGCCUUCUGCAGUGAAGUUGCAGUGAUGCUAAGCCGAGUGUCCACUGCUGGCCUGGACAGCUGCGGCGUGAACGACACCCUCUCCUCCCUGGUGCUGUACUUGCAGGAGAGCUACACCGCCAAGUGCCAGACCACCGUCACGUGUCAGCAGGCAACGACUGAUGGAAACACCUGCCUCGGCGGACUUACUGCUUCCACAACAUGCCCUGAACUCCAGCAAGUGCAGGCGUGCCUAGGCAAGGCUAUAGGACAAUGCCCCACUUCCUCUACUGCAUUGAUGGCCACAUUUACAACCAACCUGGCCAAAAUGACAACUGCGUGUGAACGCUUUCCGGUCAUCACACAUUCCUUGAGCCCCGACAACACCAUCUACCUGGCAGAAGGCGGACCCUCGGUCAAGUUGACUCUGCAGGACCUUGACUUUACAGCAGCCUUCGGGGCAAGUGGGGGUGAAAUCAGACUCAAGAUCCAAUUUGACAUUGACGCCAGCACUGUUCCAAGGUGCCCAGAUGAUGUUGAAAUCCAACAAGUUGUGUCUGAUAAAUGUCAGAUUGUCAUCGAUGACUCCAACAAUGAUGAGAAGAGCUUUGAGAUAUCGCCAGUGCUUGACAACCGCAUUGAUGGCUACCGGCAGCUCACUGCAACCGUUACCAUGGAGAAAUGGGCUGGAGCGACACCAUCUCUCACAGCAACUCAGACGCUGGCUACGUUCAAUAUCAUGGUGCAGGACCGUGAUGUGAAGUCGGCCAUCUGCUCCUCCAUCAAUGAUCCCCACUUCAACACCUUUGACGGCAGGAUGUUUAACUACAUGGGCCUUGGGACCUUCCUCAUGUACGAAACCAGCAGCCCCAUUAAACUACAGGUUCAGACCAAGUUCCAGAUCUGCGGCAAUGGUGGUAGUUGCAACUGUGCCGUUCGCAUCCGCGUCGACAACGAUGUCAUCGAGUUUGACAGCUGCAGUACCUCCAGCGGCUUCACCCCACUCAACGUCAACAUCAAGAAGAGUGGGGAUUUCACCAAGGCUGUGAAGAUCCUGAAGUCUGCGGACUCCAAGACCUACCAGGUUGUCAUAGCAACUGGCCAGAUCGUGAAAGUGCGGUCAAGCGAUGGUCUCCUGAACACGUGGAUCUUGGCCUCAGCCAAUGAUAGGGGCAACACUCGAGGUCUGUGUGGAUCGUUCGACGGUGACCGGUACAAUGACCUGACCCUGCCCGAUGGCUCCCUGUACGAGGUGGCGGAGGGAGACAUGACAUACGGCACUCUCACACCCAACAACUACACCUGGCAGUGGAGAGUUGUUGCUGGUUCAGAGGACGACAUCAGCAGCGGCGUCCAGGGAAAUGUGUCCGACACCAUUUUGCCCACCACCUGCAGCUCAUGCGGCGCUACUGCAGCCUGCGACAUGUUCGCACGCUCCCAGACCUGCGGCCUCAUCAGAACGGGUGCGGUGGACAUCACCAGUCAGGUGGUGGCCAUGAACCUCCAGGCCGAGCCAAUCAACAGCAAGCGGAGGAAGAGGCAGGCGACGACAGAGCCGGAGACCCUCGUUGAUACCCCUCAACCGGGUUGGCCAACAUCCACUGGAUGGACGGAGCAAAACGCGACAGAGUUCUGCGAGCAGAAGAUCCGUGAUGCUCAACUGAACCAGAAAUGUAGUCAAGCUGCCGAGGUGACGAACAACACCGCCGACAUUGACCAGAACAUCAAGAACUGUGUAGACGAUAUCAGGAUGACCGGGACGACAGCCUUCGCGGAGGAGACCAACGAGGACCUGAAGGAGACUUGCAUCAGUGGCAUCGAGAAGGACCCCAUCUUCCAGACCGACACCCGGGCCAAGGAGAUCGCCGCUGAGAUCAUGAACCUCGCCUGUACCCCCAUCGACUGUAACGGCAACGGCAGAUGUGAUGGAGGAAUCUGCCUCUGCAACUCUGGCUACCUCGGCGCCGACUGCUCCGUCAACAAGCUCCACCUGCAACCUCCCAUCCUCCACGGUCUCGAGCACUUCGGACUCUGUCAGUUCUCCGACACCCAGGCCUGCAAUGACAUCUUCGUCUCUGGACGCAACUUCGUGGAGUCUGAGCUUCUCAGAUGUCACAUUGAGAUAGUGGAGAUUAACGAGAACGGAUUCACGAGAGUGCCAGGAAACAUGGCCGUCAUGACGUCUGCAGUGCUGGUUACUGAGACAACAGUACGCUGCUCCGUCUCAACCAUCAAGGGCAGUAACUAUGCAGCUCUAGUUGCAAUUAGCAACGAUGGUGUGACUUCGAGUCAGAAGGAGGUGUUCAUUGCCUACGACCCCACAUGUCAGGAGUGUGAUCACGUUGCCAGGAAAUGUUACCAUCAGGACAACACCUGUAACAUCGGCAGGCAGUGCUACACCGCGGACACCAUCGCCAACAACAACACCUGUGUCUCCUGUCAGCCUGCGGUCAGCAAAACUGAGUGGACCACAGUUGAUGGUCUAGUGUGCAAGGUGAAAGAAUCCAUCAAGAGCAGAUCAUCCACCCUUGGUCUCAGUGCCACCAUCGGCAUCGGCGUGGCCUGCGCUGUCAUCCUCUUCAUCGUACUUGCUGUCAUUGUGAGACUGGUCUGCAUGAGACGAUCCCGCAUGGAGCAGAAGCGUCUGGACCGUGAGAGCUACCCACAGCGUCCAGAGAUGUACAUGAACCCCGCCUAUCAGGGCAGCGAGGACAGGCUGGUUCAUCUGUCUUCCUUCGAAGGGGAACCCCAGGACAGCUUCCGCGGGCGCAACGUCCACCCCCGCGUCAACACCACAGGGCACGACAGCUUCCCUGACAUGCAUUAAUGGUGCCUCGUCCUGAUGAAUGUUACGAAACAUUCACAAUUUAUAGUUAUGUAUUAUCUGUAGGAUUGCAAGCUUUUCU